ACAUGGCAUUGACAUUUAACAUUUUACCUAUGGUAAACUAACAAUUUAGAAAGCAUUUCAUUAGGCAUCUAUUCUAAGGAUAGUGAGAACUCUUUAAUUUAGCUAUAUAAUAUUUGGAUGUGUUUUGACAGAUUACUUUGGCACAUUGACACAGAUUACAGAACAGCAAUAGACAGUAAAUAAUAUGUGAGGAGUAGAGAACUUCGUUUAGUGAAUCGCGUAUGCUGUAUUGGACAAGUACGUACGGCUUAUGUAUUUGUCAGAAGACCGUACAGUAGUUUUGUAAAAUAAUACCAGCCAUCAGGUUUAAUCUACUCGGUCUUUGAACAUAAAAUAUAGUCUGCUACACCUUUGUAUGAAAUAUAAAAAAAAUCGGAUUAUAAAUAUGGUACAUUAUGCCUCCUAGUGCCAUUAAUUGUAUGGCAGAGAAAUCGAAAUUGUAAUGCAUUCCUUUGAGUUUACAUCAAUGUCGUAUGAUGGCUUUUUUGAACAUAGUGCGGAUGUGUUCUUUUUUAAUUUCCUUAGUGAAGUGUUCUAAAUAAUAUAAAUAAUGACUGAAAAUUGUGAUAGUUGCUGAGUGUUUGUUAUUAGAAGGUUUCGGGGAUUUUCUUCACCCUAUUUUUUGGAUUAUAAAUAGGAACUGGUACAUUCCACAAUGUUUAACUUCAUAAAGAAGUCGACCGUUUUGGCAAGCGGUGACUCCGGUGGCUAUGAGGAAAGGGAUGGCGAAAAAGAAAGAAGAAAAAGGGAGAAGAAGGAGAGGAAAGAACGAGAAAAGCGGGAGCGAAUAGCGGCCGGGCUUGAGGAGCCUCUAAGAUUGGAGGAGGUUCGAAGGUCUUUGAAACUCCGAGGCCGUCGUAAAGAGAAGGAGAAGCUGCCCUCUGGAAUCACUGCUGAUUACACGGCUUCUCUAUUCGCACAUCUCGAACAGGAUUCAAAUUAUUCCAAUUACCCAAUAAUCAAUACCUCUGGUUCAAAUUCAAACCUUAGUGAUGAAAACAAUCAUUUGUCGCCGAUUUACCCAACCACUCAUACCUGGCACAAAAAAGAUGGAGUCCUGCAGUCAGAUAGCUCAGAGACCUCCUUAAAUUCUUUAAAUAAUCCCAACAAUGCUAAUAUCAGCCCACGACAAGCCCCGAAUUUACCUCCUAUACCACCACGCCCACCAAAACGAGGCAUACUCAAAGGCCCGCGCUUAAGCAACACUAGCUCAAAUUCCCAAGAAAGUAAUGUCCAUAAUUCAGAUACCGUAGAUUUCUCGAAUGGUCAAGAUUCGAAUGUUUUGGCGCGAAAUACGCAGCAAAAUGAACUUAUAUCUUAUGGUAUCCCACCCUCUAAGAGCACAUCGUCAAGUGACGAUAUGCAACUGAUUCAAAACUUCACCAAAAAAGUAAUACAUAGUCCUGUCGAAACCCAAUUCAAAAAUUAUAAAAAUAAUGCAAACUCAGCUAUAACAAAACAAGAUAUCGAUGAAGCACCUAAGACAAAUGGUAAUGGUAAUAGUUACCUUGGCGUAACUUCUACGUCACCUAGUGCCGAUUCCCUUACCGAUACUACCAACUCCUCCUUUGCCACACCACCGUUUUCUACUUCCCCUGUCGGGGAAUCACAAGGAUUUCACAGAUGGUCCAGGACUAGUACAUUCGACGACGUUUAUUUACCAUUACCGACGAUAACUCCAUUGCACUUGCCUAAACCUAGAGUUUUGACGAUACAACGUCAGAAAGCGCCAAGAAAUGACUUUGGAUUCAGCCUCCGUAGGGCAGUGAUCCAAGAAAGAAUUUUUAUCGGCGACAUGAAAGAUUUGACAGGCACUGACAUAGCACUGGUAAACGGUGACAAUAAAUGUAAUGGAAAUUUAAUGACCAGUAAAUUAACGUACAAAGCAGUGAUCCUUGCUGAACCAGGUUCAUAUCCUGGUUCAAGUGAAACAGGACUGAUGCCCGGAGACAGGCUUUUAGAAGUAAACGGGGUAAACGUUGAGGGUAAAAGCAGAGAGGAAGUUAUUGAUCUUAUUAAAAGCAGUCAGGAUUUCGUAACUGUUAAGGUGCAACCAAUAGCAGAAUUAUGUGAGCUGUCACGCCGUCGCGCUGCUGAUGGUGGUGCUGAAGUUGAACUUUCUGACAGCAACGUGAGAGGUGGAACCCUCAGCAGAUCUGGAAGCAGGCGAUUCAUUAGUACACAGGCGAAAUCCGAAGAGCAGUUGGCAUUCGAGAAGCAAUGGCUGCAGGGAGGUCAUUUGUGGCUGGGUCAUCGCGGAGGCUUUACUGCCGUGGUGCGGGAAGGAGAUGCCGAAGCUGGCAGAAUCAAAGUGAAGGUCAUACAGACUGGAGAGAUUAUCACAGUCGAUGAGGACGAUUUGGAAAAAGCGAACCCACCUCAACUGGAACGUGCUGAAGAUAUAGCGACGCUGCGAUGUCUGAACGAGUGCGGUGCUUUGAAUCUCUUACGUUCCCGCUACUCGGCCGGAUUGUAUCACGCUCGUGCGGGUCAUGCUAUGCUCGUGCUAGGCCCACCCAAGCGCACCACACCAGUUUAUACUGAAAAGGUGGCUGCAAUGUUCCGCGGAUGUCGUAUGGAUGAUAUGCCGCCUCAUGUCUUCUCUGCUGCUCAAUCGGCCCACAAAUGUAUGCUUGCGUCUAGGAGAGAUCGGGCUAUUGUCUUCUUGGGAAGAUCUGGUUCGGGCAAGACAACAGCGAUGAGACAUUGUGUGUGGUACUUAGCGAGUGUGUACGCAGCACAAGGAUCCAAACUCACCCCAGAAAGACUUGGAGCUGCCUUGGAUGUUCUUCAUAUUUUUGGAUCCAGUCGAACGAACUCCAACACAUAUGCGUCACGGUUUGUAUCGCUGACGUCUUUGGACUUUGACGGAGGUGGUGCACUUGUGUCCGCUUCAGUACAGACUCUUCUGCCUGACUUCAGACCAGAACAGGCCCAUCUCAGAGCUUUGCAUAUAUUAUUCCAUGGAUGCGACGGACGUCUUCGUCGGGAGCUUUUAUUAGACCAGGCACCAAUAAAUGCUCCAAAUCCUUAUAUAAGUUCUAGUGAAAAGGCAGAUGCUCCAACCGAAUUCAUAGCUUUGAAGGAGGCUUUUCAAUUCUUAGGCGUCACAGAACAAGAACAAAUGGCUGUGUGGAAGAUGUUGGCUGCUAUCUGCCAUUUGGGAUGGGCCGGCGUUGUCAAAGGCAGUACGGGUCUAAAGUACCAGUUCGCAAGUACUGGAUGUGCUACGCGAGCUAGUCGCCUCUUGGGCGUGGGAGUAGAGGAAUUGUCUCGGGCUGUGUUCGCUCCUCCCGCGCCACCUUCCCCUCAACCUGCGCAUGCGCUGCGAACUCCAUCGCCCUCCAACGAACGAGAUUUACCAGGUUCUGAUUCAUUAGAAGCUUUCGUCACCGGACUCUAUAACGAAACAUUCAACAUUGUCGCGGCUUUGAUAAACAGAAGUAUAUCAACAUCGUGUCGUACGUCAGCGUCCAUACUAUUAGUGGACACACCUGGUGCUGAUAAUCCUCUUUGCGCUGGACAACAGAGCGGAGCACCACUGUCCAAACUACUAUCUAACUAUUUACAGGAACGUCUUCAAGCUGUGUUUCAUGAAGCCAUGCUUGUGGCGCCUCGAGAACGAUAUGCCCAGGAAGGCAUCACACUUGAUGACGGAACUGAAGAGGAUUGGCUCUCAGAAACCGUCAGUCCAGCUCCAAUGGUGGACUUACUUGAUAAAUCACCACAAAACAGUAUCGUGCGCAGCUCGCAAGCAGAUUUGCGGGAUUGCGAUCGCCGUGGUCUACUGUGGCUUUUGGACGAAGAGUCGAUGUACCCCAAUUCGUCAGAUGAUACAUUUCUAGAGCGUGUGAUGACGCACUAUGGGCCCCCGAAUCAUACGCAAUAUCUUAUCAAAAAGGCACCGCUUGUUCGACAAUUCAGCUUACAACAUUUGCAGGGAACGAAUCCUGUAUUAUAUGACGUUACUGGUUGGGUAAAGGCAAGCCGCGAGAAUCCUGUCACUAAGAAGGCGCAUGCGUUGUUACAAGAAAGCCAAAAUGAGGAGAUAGUUCGCGUAUGGACGUGGUCACGUGGUGCCUGCGGUACAAGUACGUGGUCCGCGGCCGUCGGCGACGCGUCUACGUUACGUCGGGCGUCCUCCAUUCGACGAACGCUUACGACUGGUGCAGCGGGUAUGAAGCGUAGAUCGUACGCUUUGCAGACCAAAUUCGUAGCGGACGGCAUAGUGGAUACGCUACGACGAUGCGGAGCGGGCGGCGUACAAUUUGUAUGCUGUCUCCUUACGAACCAGCCCCGAGAGGCUGCCGAUGACGUUAAUGUACCUCUACUUAGGUCGCAGUUCCGCGGCUUCCAGCUACUUGAAGCUGCUAGGUUGUAUAAACAAGGAUUCCCCGAGCAUAUGCCACUCACAGAAUUUGCUAGAAGAUACCGUCUGCUAGCGACUACUGAGGGAGAGAACACGGAGGCAACCAACCUCUCUGAAAGACAGAUCGUAGAUGACAUGCUCCUAACCCUCGAUUUGGAUGUUACCAGUUACCGGCUCGGUCUUACUCAGAUUAUGUUCCGCGGUGGCGUCGUCGGCGAACUUGACGCUCGGCGGGACGCUGCAUUCGCGCGCGUCCUCGAGCGGCUACAAGCUCGCUCUCGGGGCGUACUCGCGCGCAGACGGGCACAAAAACUCCGUACUCAGCAUACAGCCGCUAGAUGCGUCCAACGUAAUGUUCGCGCAUUCCUUGCGGUUCGCGAUUGGCCAUGGUGGAGGCUGCUCGUUCGCGUUACGCCGCUGCUCGCCGUCCAUCGCACCGAACAUCAGCUAAAGCAGGCACAGGAAGAAUUGGAGACACUUAAAGCGAAGUUGGAAAGGGUCGAAAAUGAAAAGACACACUACAAGAAUGAGUCCGAACGAGUUGAAAAUAAACUAUCGGAAGUGGGCAGCGAGUUGGCUGAGGAGAGAUCAGCGGCUGCUCUCGCGACAGAGCGGGCUGAUGCCGAGGCAGCAGAGCGCCUACGCAUAGAAAGAGACAAUAGAGAGCUACUUGCGAACAACCAGCGGUUACAACAGGCUUCAGAACGUCUCGAACUCGAGCUUCUCCAUUGGAGAUCAGCAGAAAAUGGCGGUGCUGAGCCAUCAGACUCUGAGGGUUCCGAGGCGGACGGAGCCAAUACUGAGAAAUACAAGAAACGAUUCGAGCGCGCCCAUCGCGAGCUACAGCUUGUGAGAGCUCAGCUUCGAAGGCAACAUGAAGACGACCUGGAACAACUUGUCACAGUUAAGAAACAACUUGAAAAGAAGGUUCAAGAUGCUUACGAAGAGGUGGAGGAACAGCGGGCGGUGGCGGCGCAAUGGAAACGCAAGUUGCAAAAACUUACGAACGACAUGGCUGACCUACGAUCAUUGUUAGACGAACAGACAUGCCGUAAUAAUCUCCUUGAGAAACGCCAGCGUAAGUUCGACACAGAGCUUCAGAGUUCUCAAGAGGAGCUGAAGCGAGAGAGGUCGGCAAAAGACAGGUUGUCAAGGGAAAGGGAUCAGGCGCACGCUGAAAAAUACGCGCUCGAACAAAGCCUCUCUGAAGCUCGGCUGGAAAUCGAGUUGAAAGAAGAGCGUCUUGCUGCUGCAACGAGGGAAUUAGAAGAACGUGGAGGCGGCGGUGACGAGUUGACUGCGUUACGACGGGCCAAGACUGAACUGGAACGACGCGUAAGAGAUCAGGAAGAGGAGUUAGAUGAAUUAGCUGGACAGAUACAGUUGUUAGAAAGUUCGAAGCUUCGCGUAGAGAUGCUCUUGGAGCAGCAACGCAAAGAGGCCCGACUGGAAGCAGCCGCUAGAGAUGAUGAAAUGGAGGAGACCAGGGCUAAUGCUGCCAAGAAACUGAAAAUAUUGGAGAGUCAACUAGAAAGCGAGCAUUCAGAACGCAGCCUUCUCUUACGCGAGCGACACGAGCUAGAGCGACGAUUGGCUUCACUCGAGGAGACAGCAAGGGCUGAAGCACAAGAACAAAUUCAACUCAUACAUCGCCUUAAAAGAGACCUUAAGCGGUACAGAGCCUUACUGAGAGACGCUCAAACAAUGUUGGAACAAAAAGAAAAAGAAGGCGGAGGAAAGGCACAGAUUAGACAACUUAAGAAUCAGGUGGAAGACCUGGAGCUAGCAGUCCGCGCAGCGAACAAAGCACGCUCGACGGCUGAAGCGGAGGCAUCAGAAGCAACUGCGGCAUUAGAAGAAGCCAACCGCGCAAGAAAUGAGGCCGCAGAACGAGCAUUAACAGCAAGCAGGGACGCGGCGGCUGCGCGUGCGCAACUCGAUGACGCUGAGGAGGAAGCUGCUGAGCUAUUAAAGAAAUUCCGUGCUAGUACCAGCGCCCUCUGUGCCGCCCAAGCGGAAGUUCGCGAGGCCGAAGCCAAAGCCGAAGCAGCGAGUGAAGAGGCGCGAGUGGCGAAAGAGAGAACGAAUGAGUUGGCUGCCCGUCUCGCUGCGGCCGAAGCCGGACACUCGCAUGGGCAACAUGAGACUGAAAGGCGAUUGGAGCUUAGGAACAAGGAACUGGAAUCGAGUCUUGAGUUAGAGGCGACAUCUCGUGGCCGGCUUGAGAGUCAGGUGGCAAGAUUGAAGGAUGCCCAUGAGCAACUUGCAGCAGAACUGGCAACUGCUAGAGCCAAAGACCAGCUAGCGGCGGAAGAGCUGCGGAAAUGGACAAGACAAAUUCGUGAACUAAAAGAAGAGAACACCUCACUAAAUGCCAAACUAGCAGAGACGACACGUGCGAAGUUAGCAGCGGAAUCCGCAGCUCAAACCGCAGCAGCAGAAGCAGCCGCUGCUAGAGACGAAGCCAGACUUGCAGCACGACGUGCUACAGCACUACAGGAAGCUAUAGCUGGGGAUCUGUCUAGUCCUGGAGAUUCAAGAGAUACUGAUAGUGAAAACGACAGCUACAGCUCAGACGAGUCAAUUGGGACAUUUCUCGCGAACCACAAACUGAGUCCCGCUGCGCCAUCCCGCUCUUCUUUGCACCACGAGUCGCACAAGUCAAACAGCUCGGAAGGCCGCGCCAGUCGUUCCAGCAUUAGCUCUGGCUCGAAGCCGAUAAGUCCAACAAAGGACUCGUAUGCAUAACAGCCGCCUUCCGCGGCCGGCCUGCUCGCCGGUGCGCUGCCCAUACUUUGCACGGUCUUCUGCUCGCGGCAAAGGACUAACUCUGCCCACCAAGUCAUAGAGUAAACGGCGUAUACGUAUUCUUUGUUUUCAAAUGCUGAAUUUUGAAACAUUCUCAAAUUUUACUUUACUUGCAAUUAAAGUGGUAAGACAUUUAUCAGUUUUAAUUUAAAUGACUUUAAUGACGAACUGUCAACUUGACACUUGACAUUUAUUUGACGCGUCACACGACGGGUAGAUGAGGAUUUCUGGGACUUCUUGAUAGUGUAAAGGGCGAGAGAAAUAUAGACGUGUGAAACUUAGGACGUUGUGCUUCUAAAUCUAAACUUAAUAUAAUCUAUUAAUUGUAUUAAUUUAUGAACAAAGUAUUAUAUAUAAUAACUCCAUUAAAGCAAGCAAGCUUGAUAAUCACGAAGUAGAAUACUGCUCAAUCAUAUACCUACACUAGUUUAACAUUUUGAGGCUAUACACAUUUACGAGUUUUUAACGAUUUUUAGAUUUUUAUAAAAAAUAUAUCUAACCAUGAUAAGCGCCAAGUGAUUGAUGCUGAAUUGAUUAAAUGCAUUCCAUAUUAAAACUUGGCUUGCUGACUUUCACUACAAUAUUCAAGGCUUCGACGUUAUUUAUUUAGCUGAUUUUAUAGGAAAUAAUUAUGUGUAGAUGUUGUGCUGGGUUCAGCCAAUCAGUAUUUAGAUGAAAUAGAGACGGGAUUAUAUAUUGUAACAUUAGAUUGAUUGUUAUUUAGUUAGCUAACGUGUAAAUAAUUAGAUUGCGUAUACAUUUUUUAUUAUUUAAUUUGUAAUAUUUGUGUGAUCAGACUGUUAUUGUAUGAUUUUUGUUACAUUGUGAGUUGUUGCUUUAUAAUAGACGAUCGAACAUAUCUUUUAGGUACCUAAUAUAUCAAAUUCCUUAUUGACUGGUUUAUUUUAUUUAAUUUUAUUAGCGAUCUGUAUUCAUAAAUGUAAGUCUUCUAAAUCUUCAUGUAAACCUUAGAUAUGUGUCUGUAAUCAUUGUCUUCAUUAUAUAUGGGUAUUGUACGAGAAAGUAAUUAAAUGUUGCUUCGUUCAAUAUUGGUUGUAAAAUGAAAUUAUUUAAUAAAGUAACUGAUGUAA